AUGGCAUUUCUUUUGGCGGUGCUCUGGUGUACCUUGUUUUGGCUAAAAUGUUCCGCUGCUCCCUUUGCUACAACACAACCCAACUACAACAAACAAACUGGAGAUUAUUGGGCAGAUUACUACAGCACCACUGCGUCAGCUGCCUACAACCAUCCAACCAAAGGUUAUUGGGCAAACAGCCAUCGUAGCACAGCGUCACCUGGAUAUAAAGGACAUACAGAGGAUUAUUGGCUGAAGUACUACCACACAGAUGCUCCAAAACAAAACCAAGAAACGCAAUAUUACGGUUCGAAAUAUUAUCAAACAGACUCACUUGGGUAUUACGGUGGAACUGAAGACUAUUGGGCUAAAUAUUAUCAAACAUGUUUGACGCACCAGAACAAAACCAAGGGACUGAAGAAUACUGGUCAAGAUAUCAUCAAACUGGUCGGUUCUUAUUACGUCGUUCCCAAUUUGAAUUUUUAUUCGCAAUUGAAUAUUUACCAGAUAACAGCGUUGGAACUGAAAACUAUUGGGCCAAAUAUCACCAAACUGGUCUGGAUAGCUAUCUUUUCAAAACAUGAUAUCUCAUUAAAAAUAAUUUAUUCAGCAUUGCCUGAUUAUGAUACUGUGACAGCCGAUUAUUGGGCUAAUUAUCAACAAACAGGAGAGAAUGACUACGAUUCUCAAACAGGUUGA